UAUUUUGGGAAAUUGAAGGACAAUUUGGAGUAUAAACACAAGUCCCUGGUGGACAACCCCCAUCAGAGUCGCUGGAAGGAGGGCGACUGGUCAGAUGACUCCGAUCAGAUGAUUAUAAUAAUGAUGUCCCUCACAGACAACAAUGGAAUGGUGAAUCAUAAAGACAUUGCCCACCUAUUUCUGGACUGGAUGAAGAAGGGAUUUCCUGAGUUGGGGGAUUUUGUUGGAAUGGGAAUUGGAAAAACAACCGACCGUGUUCUACACCACAAAAGUUACCGUGAUGAUCCUUACACAGCGGCGGAGAGUGUAUGGAGGGAGAGCCAGUGUAAGGUGGCGCCCAAUGGAGCUGUGAUGAGGACCAGUAUCCUGGGGGUCCACAUGUUUCAUGACCUUGAACAGGUGGCCAGGAAUGCAGCAGAUGUGGCCAGAAUCACUCACUUUGAUCCAAGAUGCCAGGCCUCUGCGGUUGCUGUGUCGGUUGCUAUAGCGAUAAUGUUGCAGAAGAAAGAGAAGCACUUUGACAGAAGGGGUCACUACAAUGUUGGCGCCAUCAUUAAGGAUAGCUAUGAUAUUGCCGUCAGAUACAUUGAGGACAAAGAACAGUUGGCUUAA